AUGUGUCAGAUGUUGCCUACGAUUCCUUCGAUGUAUAGUUCACUGUCAGAGUCAACAGUCCUUUCGAGCGCUGAUACAAAACCAGCAAGAGUGUUCACGUUCUUCGAAGCUUCUAAGGAGUUCCUACAAUUCUUGUCGGCUCGCACAGGAAUGCAUGAGACAUUAUUGUAUGAAGAUACAUUGGGUGUUGACAUAAAAGUUGAAACAAAUGGUUUCUCUGUUACCCAUCCUCCGGAUGUUCCAGUGAAGCCAAUCGAAAUGGGUCUUAAAAAGUUGUUCUUCGAUGUGGAAUUCACCAAAUGUCUGCGUCUGUCUACAUUAACUUUACGGUGCCCAUCCUCGCAGGAAUUAUCGUUAAGUCCAGCGCAGUAUGCCCUUCUCCAUGAAAAUAAACUGGCUAUUACUCGUAGUGCCGGAUUAGCGGACAUCCUCAUGGACCACGAUGGUCGCUCGUGCAUGUUCGGCACAAACGAGAGCGUCAUUAAAGGACGUCUAGCAGUGAAACGAAUGUUCAACGAGAACUGCUUGGGACCAUUCCAUUUCAAGCCGUCGGUCACAGGCGAGAUUCGUGAUCAAAAUAAUAAUAACAUAGUAAAUGUGGACAGCGAAGCUACGUCAACAGAUAAGAAAACAUCAGAGGAGGGCUUGACAACUGACAUUUCUCAUCCUCCUGCAGUGGUUCCAGGGACCGUAAGCACAAGCAAUUCCGAGAAUAGCAAUUCGCAGUCGUCAUCUGUUGGUCGUGGACAGUCUAUCGGCCAAUCAGGUUCUACGAACUCGUUUGAUAAUGAAGCGCAACUCCCGUGUCCUGCAAUAGCCCCAACAACUCCACAGACACCCUCAGCGGUUCUGAAAGAGCAGCGAAAAAGUAUAAGAUUCUUUGUAGGGAUGUCAGAUGCUCCGCGUUUGAUCGGAUCACGCGGUGCUAACAAGCGACGCAUAGAACAGUUAACUGGUUGCAAUAUUUUGCUUCACACUGAAAAGAAAGAACAUGGAGAGUUCCCUGUGGAAGUUUUUUCUUCAUCGGUAAAGCGUUGUGAAAUGGCACGCCAACAUAUCUUGUCCUUUCUUAGUAGCGGUUAUGCGACUGUUGACGAGGCGUCUGCUAGCUUAUCUGGUGUGAAGAACAAGGAUGUACGCGUGCGUCCGAAAGUACAUCUCGAUAUUAGUCCCAAGAAAUUGCCGAAAAGGCAUGCUGACUAG